AUGGCAGACACCCCAUUAGCCUCACUCUCCUUGACACAUGUUCAUUAUGAUCCUAAUGAUCCGGUCUCCUACUUUUGCGCAUGGCUCGCUCUCGUACCCCAAGGACUCUGCGUCGUAUAUGCCACCCUCAUUUGGUCGACACGCGAAAUUGAGAUUCUCAUGAUGUUUGGUGGGCAAAUGGCCUGUGAAGCCUUGAACUUCAUUCUGAAACGUAUAUUGAAGGAGGAACGCCCCAAGCAAAUGCAUGGAAAGGGUUAUGGAAUGCCAUCCUCCCACUCUCAAUUCGUGGCUUUCUUCUCCAUAAGCUUGACAUUGUUUUUGCUUUUUCGACAUGUUCCAAAAAAGCCAACACCGUCACAUACACCACUAAGUAUCACGGCUCGAAUUGGACUAUCUGGACUAGUUUUGAUCAACGCUGGAUUGGUGGCUUGGAGCAGAACCUAUCUAAACUAUCACACACCGAAACAGGUAAUCGUCGGCUGUAUUGCUGGAACUGGAAGUGCUAUAUCGUGGUUUUUAUUGACCACUGCUGUCAGGAAGUCGGGAUUACUUUCUUGGAUUUUGGAUUUAUCGGUGACGAGAUUAUUCAGGAUGAGAGAUUUAGUCGUGGAGGAAGAUUUAUGCCAGGCUGGGUGGGAGAAGUGGGAAGUGAAGAAUGCAUCUUUGCAGCCAUCCAUCAAUGGCAAGAAAACUCGCUGA